AUGUCAUCUCUGCUGAGACUUCCUCCAUCAAUCCGAGUUGGUUAUGUGUCGAAGUAUUUGAGACUGCUGGGCCUCGCCGAGUGUAGGAACCACGUGGAAGUACAGCGACGCGAAUAUGCUACAGCCAAAGCAAGUGCGAGUGUCGCCGCGAGAAAGCGGCACGAUGCCCUUCCACGGCGACGGCGGAUUCUUGGAAGGGUCAUCCAGCCCAUGGACCCGGCGCCUGCUACGACUGGAUCUGCAGGCACUGCUCGCGAUGCGCUAGAAUUAUCUGCAUUUAAUCCCUCAGAGGAAGUCCUAUCAAACUCGAUAGAGCAGCAGUCAAACGACAUUUCCAGCACCGAUCCCGGACUCAACAUGACUAUGGAGUACGUCAAAAAGCACAUGGAUCUUCCGAAAGCCAGCGACUACCCGCAUCUGUCAUCAGAUAUGUUCGACUUUUAUAGAGUUCCAAUGCUCCUCCGCAAUGCGUGCUUGAGCAAGAAAGAGAAAAUUGAAACCUCGCAAGAAUGGAAGCACCAUCAGCAUCGCGCCAGGAAAGAUACUGCGUUCGAACUAGUGCUAGGUGUGCGUAUUGGGAGCGUUAUUUCGACAAAAUAUACUGGUUUUGGUCGAAACAAGAAAUCAGCAUUGGCGGCAGCGUGGCUGCAGUUGUUGUCCGAACUCCACACUUCCGGUCGGCUCCCACCAUUGCUUCAGGAGCGAGCAUCAUACUCGAAAGAGGAGCUGGAGGCGACCUCGAAGACUGCCUCGGAAAUUCUGCAGGACCUGGGGAAGCAAGCGCCAUACGCUCGUCAAGGUCUCUUCGUUGUUUCAACAAUGAUCAGCACCUUUCGCAGCGCGUGUCGGAAAGCGGGCCUGUCUGUGCAAUCAGAAGGAGAGAGUCUUGUGAUCGCGCCCGGAAGGAUCAAGUACGACAUUGGUGUCGAAAUUCCAGAGCUGUGUUCUGCCAAACUGACAUUCACUGGAUAUGGCAAGACCGGCAAAGAGGCUAAAAAUCUUGCUUGGGCCAAUAUGCUCAAGGACAUGCACACGAACGGAACCCUACGCCAGCUAUUUGACCCUGCAAAGCGAGCGGGACGCAGAGUCAAAGUCAGUGCUGUCCAGGACCCCGUUGCCGAGCUGGGGAAGACCGUCAAUGACGACGCAGACCUGGAGCUUGGCAAUAUCGACACAGAGCGCGAGGUAAGCAGGAAUGCGGUCAGUGUUGCUGACGAUCCGGUCAUUGAGCAAGAGACUAUCGACAAUGACGCCGAAGAUCUGGAGCUUGUCAAUCUCGAUCCUUACACGAUGAAGGUCGAGAGGGACGCCAAGUUGGAGAUUUACACGUAUGCCGCUGCACUUGGACUGGCUCCCACAUUCGAUGCGCAAUUCGUGGAGCCACGAACGAGGCGAGCCAGAUUCGCGAGAGGCUCAAAGCAUAUCAUUCAAGCGUCAAUCGCUCUGCCAGAGCUCGGCAUCUCGAUUACCAGCGCUGCGCGCGAUCUGGAAACAGCAGAAAUCGGCGCUGCUAUUGAGUUCAAAAAGAAGGCUGAAGAGCUGAGAUCCCAGCCUGUCACGACCGAUGGCGAGACAUUACCUGAGUUCGACAUAUUGACUGUGGCAAGGGCUCGUCAAUUUGUGGACUUUUGCCGGCAGUACAAUAGUCACAUCGACAUGGAGGCCGAGCAAGUCAUCGUGGCCGGAGUAGACCACAUAUCAGUCCGAAUAGCUGUCGACGGGGAGGAUCUGAACACACCAUCGAUGAUGCGCACGAAGAAAGACGCCAUGGCUGUAGCAUAUCUGCUGGCAUCCUUACAUAUUGCGAAGGCAAACCCCGAGCGGCUUGCAGCUUUUGCUGCCGCGCUCAAAAUACCUCAGAAGAAUCGGACUCUCGAUGCGAAUAUCAGUACCUCAGCGAUCAACAUGAUGCGCGAUAGCCUUAUCCGCGCGAGGCGAGCGGGUCUGCCAGAUGUCCGAGAGGUCCUUGAGGCCGAAGAUAUUGAGUCCAGCGAUGCGAGGAGCACCACUGAUAGACGCCCACUUAGCCCAAGGGAGCGUCAAACCGCGAGCAAACAGCUCUUGGAGUCGAGGACGCAAUUCAAGCUUGACGCUGAUCUGGAAACCCUUCGCACGUCCAGAGCUGCACUCCCGAUGAGCAAACAACAACGGCAGGUCAUUGAUAUUGUCUCCGCACAAACUUACAGCAUAAUUAUCGGCGCGACUGGCUCCGGGAAGACCACUCAAGUACCACAGAUCAUCCUCGAUAAUGCGAUAGAGCGUGGCGAAGGAGGGUUUUGCGAUAUUGUAUGUACGCAACCUCGGCGGCUCGCGGCAACAUCCAUUGCUCAACGGGUAGCAGUCGAGCGCGACGAGCCCCUCGGCAACACUGUGGGCUACCAUGUUCGUUUCAACACCAAACUACCUCGUCCUGGAGGAAGUAUCACUUAUUGUACCACGGGAAUUCUUCUCGCGCAGCUCAAGACAGAUUAUAACGCAGUCUUCGACAGAGUAUCACAUCUCGUGAUUGACGAGGUACAUGAGCGUGACCUGCAGAUCGAUUUUCUGCUGGUUAUCCUCAAAAAGGCGAUCGCGCGCAGGCAAGCGGCUGGGAAAGCAGUGCCCAAGGUCAUACUCAUGUCAGCCACGUUGGACAAAAAGCUUUUUGCGGACUAUUUGACGCAGCAUGAUUCGACUGGCAAGAUUGUUUGCCCAACUCUGAGCGUACCUGGGCGAACAUUUCCUGUAAAGGAGAGGUAUCUUGCGGAUGUCGUGAGAGACAUCAAAGGAGACCAUAGAGCGGAGUUCGAAACAUUGAUGCAAGUUGACAACGGAACGUCGGAGGCAUUCCUUGCGGCUGAGAAUAUGUUCGCAUCUGGAUCGACCACCAAAGGGAACGCUAUUGAUUGGAAGCGGGGGACGACCCUGGCGAAGCCCGAUGCAGCAGACCCAAGUGGUGAGAAGGAGGAGAGUAUGGUGCCAGUGGCACUUCUCGCCGCCACGAUUGCUCAUGUCUGCAAGACUAGUGCAGACGACGGCGCAAUACUUGCCUUCCUGCCCGGUCUGUCCGAAAUCCUCUCCACUGAAGAGCUGCUCCUUCAAGGGCCAAUAUUUGGAGUCGACUUCAACGAUGCAGCGCGAUACGAAAUACAUCUUCUUCAUUCACAGGUGGCUCCAGAGAAGCACGAUCUGCAAAGCGUCUGCCUCUCUAUCAAAGCUCAGGGAUUUCGGCAAUCAGUUUCCCAGUUUUUGGGCGAAGCCAUCGAACCUCCUCCCCAGGAAGGUGUCGAUGCUGCAAUCGGCACUUUGAAGGCCGUCGAAGCGUUCACGGCAGAUGAGGAGCUGACGGCUCUUGGCCGUGUACUUUCGAAGCUUCCGGUCCAUCCGACGCUGGGCAAAAUGAUCAUCCUUGGAGUCAUUUUCAAAUGCCUUCAUCCUAUGUUGAUACUCGGAUCCAUGGACAGCGAGCGAUCCAUAUUCACCUGUCCUCCAGGAGCUCGUGUUGCUACGAGGGCUGCUCAGCAGGUCUUCAACAAGCAUGACAGCGAUCAGCUCGCGUAUCUGGAGGCUUUUACUGCGCUGAAGAGUUCCAUGGAGACAUUUGGCAUUGGCUCCGCCUACGACUACGCACGAUCGAACUACUUGAGCAUGGGCACAUUCCGAUGGAUCGAUUCCACGGCUCAGCAAAUACUGCAACAUCUGGUAGAGGCAAAGCUCGUGCUAGAUGAAGAUGGUCCGCAAUAUGGCGGCACGUCAUUGAACAUUCACUCUGACAAUGUGCCAUUGAUCAAGUGUUUGCUCCUUGCCGGGAUGUAUCCCAAUAUUGGAGUCAAGAAACCUGGCAAAUCACAAGCCCACCGCACUGCGAUUGCGGACGGGGUCUUGAUUCACCCCGGCUCGGUCAAUCGCAUCAAGAAAUCAGGAAGAAAGGAAGAUCGGAUAUAUGCAUUCAGGACGCUCGCCCGAAAUGUUGCUGGCACGCAGCUUUUCAUGCGCGACAGCACUUUGAUUACGCCGCUCAUGCUGCUUCUCUUCGGCGGUACGCUGAAGCUUCAGGGGACAAAGAAGCUGAACAUGGAUGGCUGGCUACCCAUUCGACUUCGAACGUCCCAAGACGCUGAAUAUGCCAGUAAGCUGGUGCUUGAGUUCCGGAAAGGCUUGGAUCGAGUGUUGAAUAAUGCCUUCAAAUCCUUGUCUGGCAAUGGCGAUCGCUCCCUGCACGAUGAUGAGAUGCGCGAUCAGUUUACGAGUAAUGUCGCCGAGCUGUUGCAUGAACAGCGGAGCAUGUGCCGGCCAGACAGUGCAUAG